AUGGCACGUCACUACACUCUCAUUAUGCUGUUCUCCGCUAUCUUAUCAAUCGGCUACUCACUGUCUCAGGACAAGAAUGUAUCUGUCGACAACGAUAUACCUGCAAACCACUGGGCUGUCCUCAUCGCCGGUUCCAACACUUAUAAGAACUACCGACAUCAAGCUGACUUAUGUCAUGCGUAUCAGAUUCUCAGAGGAAAUGGUGUACCCAAGGAGCACAUCAUCACUUUAUCGUAUAACGAUGCUGUCAAUCACCGUUAUAACCCUUUCAAGGGGCAACUAUUUAACAAACCAACGGGUGACCGCCCUGGCGUUGAUGUCUAUGAAGGUUGCGAGAUAGACUAUAGUGGCGAGGCGGUCACGGUCAAAAACGUACAAGGAGUUCUAACCGGCGAUAAGUCGCUAGCAUCGGGGAAAGUUCUGGAAAGCACCGAGAACGAUUACGUCUUCAUCAAUUUUCAUGCUAUGGUUGCUAACGUAUCUUUUCGCGUCUGUCUCGGAGACCUUUUCUCUGUUAACUGGAUGGAGAAUGAAGACUUCCUUUCCGCGACUGGCUACAAUGAGACUCUGGAGCAGCAAUAUGACCUGGUCAAAAAGGAAACCACCUUCAGGAACGGAAAGUUCAAGUUGAUCGGUUCCGACUAUGCUCCUGGGUCCGAAGCGACCGUUGAGCAUGUCUUCGGGGAGUUCUUUGGACGUCCGAAGCCGCAGGGCAUGACGGUUGAAGAGGAAGUCGCGAGGGAGAAGGAAAGGCUCCGCGCUAUCAAGCAAGUUAGUAGCGUACCAUCAAGGAUGAUUCCCAUCCACAUGAAAUACAGCGAGCUGAGGGAAGAAGAGGGGAAGCCGAGCAACUACAGAAGGCAGUUAGAAGUCGCUAAGGAACUCCUUCAGACCGUCGAGGAAAGCAUUCGUGAGAUUGAGGAAAUGAUGGAUCGCAAUGAGCAUUUACGCCUGGAACGCGAUUUAGCCCACAGCUAA